CAACCUGUGCUGUUAACAAAAUGAGGACUUUUAUCACUGACGGCUGAGAAGAGGAACUUUAUUUUAAAAAAAGUGAAUAAUGUUUCUUACUUUGAAAAGAAAUAUUUUGCGUUUUUCACGUGAAUGAAAAUAUUUUCAUUUCUCACAAGUCUGCAGCCAGAUCAGAGGGUGAAAGGAAAAAAAAUGUUUCCUGUGUGGAUAGUGACCUUGGCUUCGCCGCCGACGAGAGCAUAGGUUUGAUUAAUUGAAAAUAAAUAAAAUCAAGGAUAUUGACUAUUUCACAUGACAGCCAACAAAAAGGACACUAGCAACUUAAACGACCAUAAAACGCCCACCAAUGCACGCAGGAUGACUAUCGGCAUCUCAAAGAGUAGAAGAAUGAAGAAGGGAAAAAGUUGUUCCUGAUGACAGGUUCCUGCACUGUAACCCCCAGACUAGAUCCAGCGGCCCCCCGCUCGCCCACAUGCAGGCCAAGAAAAGGUAUCUUCUAGUGUCAUUGGGCGCCUGUCUUUUGCUGCUUUUCUACCUGGGAGGAGCGCGGUUCCGACAAUCGCCCUCAAAUUUAUCUUCAUCAUCAUUAUCGGCCGAUCAUCUUCACAACGAUCUCGGAGACCAGGGUUCAGUUCCAAUCAGACGCCACUGGCCGGUGUGGAUAAACCUACUGAAUAGCUAUUUCAGCUCGGAGGACGGACGAAGCGAUGAAGAGGAGGCAAUCCACCUUGACCUCAACCCUGGACUUUCCCCAAGGCAGAAGAGGGAGGUCAAGGCGAACGUUUACAAGAAUCGAAAAUGCAGGAUGGAGACUUGCUUCGACUCCUCUCUCUGCCAAAGAAACGGAUUCAAAGUGUAUAUCUACCCGCUUCAAAAAGGGGAGAAGAUUUCUGAAAGUUACCAGAAAAUCCUUACUACUAUCGAGGAUUCCAGGUAUUAUACAUCAGAUCCAAGACAAGCAUGUUUGUUUGUCCUCAGCAUUGAUACCUUGGAUAGAGACCAGCUUUCAUUUCAGUAUGUUCAUAAUGUAAAAGCUAAAAUUCAAAGUCUCCCAUUGUGGAAUGACGGAAGGAAUCAUCUUAUAUUCAAUCUGUAUUCAGGGACCUGGCCUGAUUAUACGGAAGAUUUAGGAUUUGAUAUCGGGCAAGCUAUGUUAGCUAAAGCCAGUAUUGGUAUGGAUAACUUCCGAUCAAAUUUCGAUAUAUCCAUCCCCUUGUUUUCCAAAGAGCAUGCUCAAAAGGGAGGCGAAAGGGGUUGGCUUAUGUACAACAAUGUGCCACCCACAAGAAAAUACUUACUGGUUUUUAAAGGUAAAAGGUACUUAACUGGUAUUGGCUCAGAAACCAGAAAUGCCUUGUAUCAUGUACAUAAUGGAGAAGAUAUUAUUUUGUUAACCACUUGUAAACACGGGAAGGACUGGGAAAAACACAAAGAUGUCAGAUGUGAUAAAGACAAUGAGGAAUAUGAAAAGUUCGAAUACCAGGAAUUGCUUCAUAAUUCAAGUUUUUGUCUUGUCCCAAGAGGCAGGAGGCUGGGCUCUUUCCGAUUUCUGGAGGCUCUUCAGGCUGCAUGUAUCCCAGUAUUACUGAGUAAUGGAUGGGAGUUGCCAUUUUCAGAGAUCAUAGAUUGGAAUAAAGCAGCAAUUAUUGGGGAUGAGAGGCUUCUCCUUCAGAUUCCUUCAAUAACUAGAUCUAUUCAUCAUGAGAAAAUAUUGGCACUUAGGCAACAAACGCAAUUCCUUUGGGAUGCUUAUUUUUCUUCUGCAAAAAAGAUAGUAUUAACUACUUUAGAGAUCAUACACGAUAGGAUUUAUUCACAUAUAGCAAGAAAUAAGUUCAUAUGGAAUAAACCGCCAGGUGGACUCUAUAUGCUGCCACAGUAUUCUACAAAUUUAGCUGCUCUUCCUUUUUAUUAUUUAAGUUUGGGUAUCAGUCCAACUGAGGAGUUCACAGCAGUCAUUCAGGCAGUUUCACCUCUUCUGACACAGUCCCAGCCUAUAGUUAAACUGAUAUUAGCUGUAUCAAGAUCAAACUACUGCAAGCAGAUUGUAGUGUUAUGGAACUGUGAUAGGCCUUUACCUUCCAAGAACAAGUGGCCCUCCACCCCAGUGCCUAUAACUGUAAUUGAAGGAGAAAGCAAGAGCAUGAGCAACCGCUUUUUCCCAUAUGAUGUCAUCCAGACAGAUGCUGUCCUCAGUUUAGAUGAAGAUACAGUACUGUCAAACAAUGAGGUUGAUUUUGCCUUCAUUGUAUGGCACAGUUUCCCAGACCGGAUAGUUGGUUACCCAGCCCGGAGUCAUUACUGGGACAACAGUAAGGGGCGAUGGGGGUAUACCUCAAAAUGGACCAAUGAAUACUCCAUGGUUUUGACAGGUGCAGCAUUUUAUCACAGAUACUAUCACUACUUGUACAGCUAUUACUUGCCAGCCAGUCUUCACAACAUGAUAGACCAGAUGACUAACUGUGAAGAUAUCCUAAUGAACUUUCUGGUUUCUGCUAUCACCAAACUUCCUCCAAUUAAAGUCACGCAGAAAAAGCAGUAUAAGGAAACAAUGAUGCAGCAGGGAUCAAAGACUUCCCGUUGGGCUGAUCCAGAUCACUUUGCACAACGCCAGACCUGCAUGAACACUUUUGCCAGCUGGUUUGGCUUCAUGCCUCUCAUUCACUCACAAAUGAGGCUGGAUCCCAUUCUUUUCAAAGACCAAGUCUCCAUCCUGCGCAAGAAGUACAGGGAGAUUGAACGAUUAUAGAGGCUCGCUGGAUUGUUGUACUUAAGAGCUUGUGGGAUUUGCCUGUUAUAAAAACCCCAAAUAACUCUUGAUGAUGCUGUAAUACAGAACAACAAUAAUGGCAACAAAAUUAUUCAACUUUCUGGGGACCAAACAACAAUGACCUUUGUGCAGUCUAAAAGAUUGGUGCGAGAUAGGCUUUUGUUCCCAAUCUUAUUACUGUUUUAUUUUGUCUACUCAGACUGAAAUCUCUGACAAUCGUGCCUAAUCUUUGAGGAUUUUAGGGAUAAACAGCACAUAGCAAAUUUAUGGUCAAAGAAUGUACAUUUUCUAUUUAAAGCUUGCAAGGUGAUUGGAAAGUUCAGCUGAAUACAAAUCAGUUUUUUUUUGCUUCUUUGUCUAAUUGUUGCAUCUUACAUUUUAAUUCUUUCCAUGUCUGGCAAUUGUAUCUUGGUCAAAAAAUACAUCCAAUGAGAACAGAAAGAAAUGUGCAUCAAUUAAGUAUAGUUGCAGAACAAGGCAGGUGGUUCAAAGCAAUUCUUAACAUGCACAGUGUUGUCCAUUUGCAAUUAUACAUCACACUAAUUUGAAAAAAGAAAGGUUAAUAGGUGCUUGUGGUUGAUUUGUACCAGCUAAAUUCUAAAUUGGAUUGGAUAAAACUAUUACUCCUGAAUAACAGCAUUAUCUGAAAAUAUUGCCAGGAUUAGAAUUUGGUACAAUAUUGAACAAGAAACUUACAAUAUCAAAUAGCAUUAUAUUUUGAUAUAGCCAUUACUAUUCUUACUAUAUACAAUAUACAGCAUUUCUUGCUUUGUGAUCUAAGUAACUACAAUGGAUGGGACCAAUAGGAUGUCCUGCAGCCCUCUGCUUGCAAAUUUUAGUGGUUCUGAAUUAAUAACCUACUGAAAAAUUCUCUGAACCCUGGAAAUGCAACUUAAAAAUGAGUACUUCAAAAAUCCAAAAUUAACAAACCAGUUUUGAAAUAGCAUGGUCCAAGGUUGCUUUUGCUAAUAGUUGUAACAGUGAGUUUGUCUAGGUGACUGGUUGUUUGCAAGCUGUAAGCUUUUUAUUAUCUUUUAUCAAAGCAUACAGUUUAAAUUUAUAGAUUCAUUUUGACUGUAUGCAGAACUUUUCACAGAAAAAUAGCCACAAGAUUCAUUUUAAAUUUGGUUCUACUGUCAGAUGAUGAUACUAGGAAAUAAAUUUAAUACAUAGAUGGCACUUUAUGAUGCUACUGGCUUUUCAUUACGAAUGUAUAUUAUACCCAAAUGCCAGUAUGAAGCAUCAACAUGUUCAUUUUGUUCUAUCACUGACGAAAAGAUCCAUCUUUGCUAUAAAUGUAGCUUUCAUAAUGAGAAAUUGUUGCAAUAGAAGCAACAAUUCUAUGACAAAAAUGUGUCAUUACUGAUAGAGGUCCUGUUGCACGGUUUUGACCCAAAAUGUUGACAAUUCCUCCCCCCCCCCCCACCCGAUGCUGCUAGACCCACUGAGUUCCUCCAACAAGUUGUUUGUUGCUUCAUUACUGAUAGAGUUUUGCUUUAAUUUGAUAAAUAAUACAUUUACAUACAGAUUCAAGGAGCAGCAGAAAAAGUUGGGGGUUCACUUUAUUGGGUUGCUAUUGCACCCACAACCUUAUUUCAAUCAUGUUAUAAUGACAUUGGUGGAGUAAACCAAAUGCAGAUGAUAUUCAAGAGAAUCUCUUCUGCAAAAUGUGUCUUUGGGAAAUUUGUAGAUGUUAAUAACUGAUUGCCUUCUCAUUUAUAAUGUUAGUGAAAUAAACAAUGGCCAAUGGGUCAUGUUUAAUCAGUUUAAGUUACUGUAAUGGAACUGAUAUAAACUGAUAACAAAAUUGUUGAUUCCAACCUUAUUUGCUUUUAAACCUGUUUCCUGAAUCAUUCAUUGGUUCUUUUUGUCAAUGUCAAAGUUAUUUUCUGAGUACUAAUUUUAAUCACUGAGGACUAAUGUCCAAAAUUCAGCUUUGAAAUUCAGUUUUCUUUUGACUGAUGAGAUUAUUUCCUUUGAGUUGUAUCUCUCUGGUAGGGUACUGCCGAGUAACUUCUCUUGCAAUUAAGACAGACAGAAUUUAAUGACCAUCGUUUUCUGGUCCUAUCCCACCAGUUUCUGCUGUUUCUGAGGUAGUCUUGGGAACAUUUCACAAUGGUAAAAAUAUGCCACUGAAAUAUGCAUGAAAGUCACAACAGAAGCACAAUCACCAUCAUGCAAUGUGCUAUUUUCCAGUUUUGAAUGGAAACACCCUGUUAGGUUUCAACAUUCAUUACUCAAAGAUCAGCAGAAUGGGUGGAGUGGGCUUGAAGAGCCAACCCAUGCAGGCACACUCAGACUUUAGCUGUGCACAGUCCCAAGGCAGCAGAGGGCAAAACUGUGUAGAGAGAAACAAUAAUCUUCAAGCAGCUUGACUGCUGUUCAGACCAGAAGCUUGUUGCAUUGAGAUGCUGGCCCAAUCCAGUUCAACCCUCCAGCAAAGGGCAGAAGGCUUGCCUCCAGCAUGUAAGAGACCCCAGGCCCAGUAUGUUGGCCACUUCUGGGCUACCUCCUUACCAGGUCGUUGUCCCACCCCCUCAGCUAAUUUAAAAAGCCAAUUAAUCAAUUCCUCCCUCAGAAACUGCAACACAGACUUUACACAGAAAUCAGCACUGGCACAUCUUAAACAAACAUUCAGUGUAGUUUGCUGCUACAGGAACAGUGCUCUUCCAAAAACUCACAAAGAGACAGUUAUAUCUUGGUAAUAUAUAUAUAUAUAUAUAUAUAUUGCAUAGCAUGCAGUAAUAAACGUACCUACAAACACAAAUAACUAAAUAGGUACCAGUGCAAUUUAGGUGAAUAUAUAGGUGAAUUCUUUCUCAGAAGCAAUCUUUGUAACCCCAAAUAUUGCUUUAUUUUGAGAAAAGCAUUUUAAGCUUAAGAAAAAUAAACCACGGCUUGCAUUUCCACAAUUGUUUUUUCUCUUUAAGUUGUUCUCCCUCCUGCUGACUAACUUAUCCUUCCAUUGGCAGGAUCUGAUUUGUCUUCCCUUUUGAGCUUCCUUUUAUCAGAUCAGCAUCCCAAGCAGCAGAUCAGUAUUGUUUCCUGAUUUAAUUAUGCAUUAGUUUUAAUAUUUUAUUUUAUGCUAUAUGUAUAUGAUUAGCUUUUAUUGAUAUUAAUUCGUUUCAGAAUUUGUACAGCAUUUGGUUUCUGAGUGUUAAUUUAACAGGUUUAGAUCAGCAGGGUGUCAAUACUUGAUAGUGAAUUUUGCUGGGAUAAUUUUAAACUGGAUUAAAUUUGGGGUUUUGACAUCUCCAAAUUAAUUUUUGGAACAAUUGUAGAUGUUACUUAAAUUAGAAUGUGCACUACAGCACCCAAGCCAUAUGGUGAAAUAAUAUGUUAGAAUGGUUCUCAGAAGUCAAUGAACAGUAUCAACAUGUCCUUGCAUGGUAUAUGCAGCUGAGGCAUAUAAAUGAUUGUCAUCACAGUAUGAGUCUGAAAGUGAAUCUCAUUUAAAGGUAUUACUGUACAUUUUAACAUUUGAAAAUACAAUCAAAUAUUUGCUCAUUUAGGUUUUCAUCUCUUGCUUUGGUAAAUGUUUAAGUAUUUUGUUGCCAGAUUUGUUCAUUUUGAAUCUUUUCUGAGUUGUGCCUUUGUUGAGCUUUGUUUCACUGUGGUCUGAUAUUAUAACAUGCUGAGCUGUUGGGAGUCCUGACAGAUAUGCUGGAUGAGAUUUCAAAACAAGCAAUGAUUCCCUAAGCCAACAUUAUGCCCAGGUGAGCAAGGAUGAGAUCCAUUAACAGAAAACCUUCUGAAAUAUUGGGUUCCGUAUUCACAUUCCUGCUUGGUCUGGCUUACACGCAAACCUACCAUUGCAUGCGGUCAAAUUGCAAUACUGAAUCAGGAGGUGUGAAAUGUAACUCAACUUUCCACUUUGCUUAUGUAGAGCAAAUUGCAGAAACUUUUUAGAUAUGGAAACAAUAAAUACUGUAAAUGCCAAU